ACGAACUUAUUGGUAAGUUAAUCAUUACCUUAUUAAAAAAUAAAAGGCUGUUAGUCGAGCAGUUUAAGUGAUAUUAUUGGAUGUUGGUUACGGGGCACCGGUGAUGCACGAUGGGUCAGAAACAAGCCACACCGCAUGUGCCAGCGUGGCAACAGCAUUCCUCUCAGUACCCCAGACCCACGGCGCCACCGUAUCACGAGUACGUACAGCGGACCCAAGUGAGGGCUUGGCUGGAUGCCAGCACCAGCUCCACUCCCGUGACGAAUGGUGCCUCUUGUAACUCGGCAGACGGCAGUGAUUCUGAAUUGGCACCUAUCAGAGCUCCGGCAGUGUCGAGCGAGACGGCUGCCGCUCGUACUGAACUGGGCAGGCAGGCCGGACUGCCGGCCGGCGGCAACGACUUGUCCAGAAGCACGCUGCUGUCACAGCCACAAGCCAGCGAUCUCGGUGUCUCCAACCAGAAUGUGACGAUGGCCACUGGUCGUGGACAAGAAAAUACGCGCUCGCUGUAUCCGGUCUUGUCCGGUGCUGAGCAGAUGGGACGCGAUGUGUUUGUUUCUACACAAGCACAAAGCAAUGGUCGUGAAUGGAACAAGGCUUGCGAGAAGUCAGUGUACAAAAACACUGCCAAGUCUGCAGUCUCUGGUGUGUCCUCCAAUAACCGCAGGCAGAAUAAUCGGAACAGACGUAAGCCAUUACGCAUUACCGGUAAUCAGAACAUCCGGCCAAUGGAUGUUUCAAACUUUGUUUCACGUCAUGUCAAAGAUCCACCAUCUGACAGUACAAAUAAUGCUGAUAAUGACUUAAACUUCUCAAAAAAUGAGACAGAAUCCAAGGAGAGGCAGAAAAAACAGUUUAGUGAGGAAGUGAUGAAGGGAAAUGUAGAAGUAAUGUUGAGAAUGCUGAAUGACAUGAGCUUGGAAGGAUCGAGCGAUGCAACAAAACUGUUGUUGAAGAAGCUGUACAGCAAGCUUGCUGAUCUUCACGCCACAGCCCACGCCGCGCCCGGCCGAGGCGUGAGCUCGGAGCGCUCCGAGUCCAGCGACGGAGACAGCGAGGAGGAGGGAGCAGCCGGCCCAGUCAAGCCCAGCACGCAGCACGUGUUCGGAGACGUGUACUUCUGCACGGUGUGCGAGCAGGACCUGCAGGGCAAGGCAGCCGCCAGCCGUCACGAGUGCGGCGCCGUGCCGGCGAGUGACGAGCCCAUGAACACCACGAUCAUGUGGCGCGAGGUGAACCGUGCGCAGAAGGGCCGCUGGUACAACAUCUCGCGCCAGAGUGACGGCUCGUUCCUGUGCACGACGUGCGGUGUGGGCGUGGAGAGCGCACGGCAGGUGACGCAGCACGUGUGGCAGAACUACCACCAGCAGGAGCUGGCACGGAGGCGUGCGGAGGAGACCCCGGAGCAGCGGCUGUGGCGCGAGGUCCCGAGCAAGUGGAAGUUCAACAAGAAGUUCUUCGUGGUGAUUGGAGAGGGAGACGGCAGCGUGCUGGUGUGCAACUUGUGUUUGUGCGAGGUGCCCCUGUCCUGCAAGAGCCUCGUGGCACACGUCAUGGCAGAGGUUCACGCGCAGCGCGUGCGCGACGCCAGGCGGAACUAAUCCUCUCCGUGUCUCUUACCUCUUACACUUGUCAUAGAAGUAGGGGUUUCAUUGAAGUGCUCAUUUUUUGUUGGGGUUAUGUAAUUUUUUCUAAUAGGUUUGUUAUCUAUUGUGCAGUGACUGUUGUUAUGUGUAUACAAUUAACUUAAAUUGCAUAGUUUGGCCAAGCAAACUUUCAAAUGUUUAUUUUAAAUAUAAUCGUAUUAAUUAGGAUUUAGAAUUAUAUCAAAUAAUUUUUUUGAUUAGAGCAGUUGGAUGACAGAUGUGAAAGUUCUCACUAAGAACACUGUUGUUAUAAUUCACCAUGAUCAUUGCUGCAUUUUUAUAUUUAUUUUGUGGCAACUAUAAUAAAAUUGUUUUCUUUGUUGCUUCAUGGAACAUGAUGUGUGUGUUGCUGUUCGCAGUGAGUAGCUCUGACAGUGGAGUGUGUGAGCCGGGGGGACGCUGCAAAUGCCAUACACUGUGUUGUAGAAGUUUUAUGGAUAGCCUUUUGGUACAAUAUUUUUCAGUCUGUAAGUUAAAUGACUAAGUUAAUAGUGCAUAAAUUGGCAGCCUUUGUGGCAAGGGUGACAUGUAAAAGAAAUUUGUAAAACCGCCUGAGAAGAUAAUUUUUUACGUUUAGUGUGAGUUGUGGGUGAUGCCACGCUGUUCAGAGUGAGUGCGGGAGGUGAUUUCUUGGAGUCUUGUAGAGUGUAGAGACAGUCAUAUUCCGGAGAAACAUGAUGUGUCACUAGUGGGUCAUUCCAUGUGAAAAAAAAAAUUGUACCUUACCUCUUUAGAUUUUAAAAUUUUUUGGUAUAGUUGUUAUAUACAUAGAAAAGAUAAAAAAUACAAAAUUUUAAAUUUGUUGGGCUAAUAGUUUUUGAGUAAUAGCUAUUUAAAACCAUAAAAUGUUUUUUUUUUUUUCCUUUUUGGAAUAUUUUGUUUCAGUAAAAGAGCAAUAACUUAAAAAAUAUUAGGUCUAGAGAGCUCAAACUGGUUUUAUUCUUUUCAGUUGUUAGUGGGCAUUAACCUGAUGUAUAACAUUAUUGUCUUUCAGCAACUUCAAAUUUUUUCAAACUAGUAAAAAAAAAUAUAUUUUUGCAAAUCUCAAAAACAUUCUUUUUAAUUUUUUUUAUAUUUUUUUUUUAGAAAAAUAUAUGUUAUUUACAUACGAAUAAGCUACCUAUAUACCAAGUUUCAUAAUAGACCAACAAUGGACUCAUCUAAAAAAAAAAAGUCAUAGUACUUAACUCAAAUUUACUGACAAAUUUUGCCCAAGAGUGAGCUUUUAAUAUUAAAUUUUUUUAAAUACGAAUAUUGUAAUAACUUCUUAAAAUAUAAAUUCCAUAUCUGAAGAAUAAUGCAGAAAACCUUUUAAUACUAGUCUAAGCUAUACACUAAUAAGCUAUUGAAAGUGUGAUAUGUUUUAAGAGGUGGUCCAUCUAAAUUAAAAUUUGUUAUCACUGAACCAGCUGUCAUCAAUUUGGCAUUUGAUGCAAAAUACAUGCACAUACUGUGUGAGUUACACUUUUACCAGCUAAAAUAUAUACAAUUUUUUAGGCCUUAACUCAAAAAAUUUUGAGUAUGCAAUUGAGUUGGAUGCUUUUCUUUAAAAGCUUGAUAAAUUUCAUUCAGGUUAGCUAAAACUAAAAGCUUUUGCUUUUGAAUUAUAAAUCCGUUAUUCCUGAUUGUAACACAAUCUUUUCUAACAGGCAUAAUCCUACUUAUGUCAUCUUUUUGAUAAAAAAAACUUUAAGAACCUGUGCAGUAAUCUGCACUUGUAUUGUCAGGCUUUGGAUUCAGAGUUAAAAGAACUCCCUUUUCACAUACUCGAGCCAUAUUAGUGACACUAAAUGCUUCUUCAAUUUUUUUUACAGGUCCAACUUUUGGGUAAAACCGAGAAAAUAAGUCUUUUUUUUUUCACUUUGCUUAGUUGUUUGGGCAAUUUUUUUUCAAUUCAGUAAUUUCAGGCUCACAUUUUUUUAUUUUUUUCUUAGAAUAGAUGAAUUGGUUUUCCAAACUUGUCACUAUUUUUUCAAUAUUUUUUUGAAAUAACAUUUUACAGCAAGUUUUUUUUAUUAUGGGAGAUUUACUAAUAAGUUCCAGUGAUUUAUUGAAGUACUAUAUCGAUGCUCCGGGGUCAGUAAAUGAUUCAUCAAUAUUCUCAUCCUUUUGGCUUGUAUCAGCUACACUAUCACCUACAUGUUAUGGUAUUUUAAGUUCCUACCUUUUUUUUUUUUUUUUUUUUACUUUUACAUAUUUUCAUACCUAUUUUAAUGUCCGUAUUUAAAGAACACAUACUUUCUGUCACAUUUCUGAAAUAUUUUUUCUCCUUUUUCGAAUGGUUUUGUUUCUUAUACGGAUUUCAACAUUUAAAAUUAUAAAUACACCAGUUAUUUUUUUGCAGUUUGUUUGCCACUUUAGAAAUUAAAAAUAAAUAUAUUCAGUUUCAUAACAAAAGCUAAUAAUAGUUAACUCAAUAAAUGACAGUGUUGACACUUUUAAGGAAGUAUCAACUCUUCAAUAUAUGCACUAAAACAAUUAAGUUAAAAAAUGUAAUUAUCUUUUAAGCACAUGAACCUUUAAAAUAAUUUUUAACACAUUACAAAUAUGUAGACAACCAUACAGUUCAGUCCUAACAACUUACUGGAGAGAACAAGAGAGUUUUUUUUAGAUAAUUCCUUUGCUGGUCUGUUAUGAAACUUGGUAUAUAGAUACCUAUUUAUUAGUAUAAAAUAAAAAAAAUUUUCUAAAAAGAAAAGUGUUUUUAAAAUUUUAAAAAUAUUUUUUUAAUUUUUUUGAAAAAAAUUGAAUUUCAUGAAAGACAGUCAUGUUAUAUAUCAGGUUAAAGUCCGCUAAAAACUGAUGAGAAUAAAACAAGCUGGAGCUCUCUAGACCUAAUAGUUUCUAAGUUAUCACAAUUUUACUGUAUCAAAAUAUUACAAAAAUUAUGAUUUUUUUUUUUUAAAUAUUUGUGAAUGGCUAUUACUAAAAAAAAUUAGCACAGAAAAAUUUCAUAUUUUGUAUAUUUCAGCUAUUCCAUGGGUACAAGUAUACCAAAAAUUAAUAAAAUCUGAAAUGGUAAGGAUCAGAGCACUGAUUGAUUUCAAAUGAUUGACCCUACUGUGACGGACUGAUUUAACUGAGAAGUCGCAUACGAACAGAGCUGCAGUAUAGAGAAAUACGGAGUUGCUUUGUGUAAAGUGUGCUUGCAUGUAUUGAAGUCAUGAGAAAUUAUCAGCCUAGAAAAUAACUAUCCCAUUAUUACAAAUGAGUGACAGUAGUUAGUUCUGUACAAUUUUAAAUUGUUGCAGGAUUUAUAAACUGGGUUGCAGUACACAAGUGCGGUUUUUUUUGGCAGUUACCAGCAACCAAAUACGUUCUGUGAAUAUGUCAACAAUGAGGACAUUUUAAGGCAGGAACAGUUAAUGACAGUGAGUGGAAAAGUCCAGAUUUUCAUUUGUAGUGUGUUAUGUCAAGGCACACUUCGUUUUGGGUGAGUCGACCCGGCUGCGCGUGGCAUUUUAUUAUAUUUUUGGGUAAUCGCAAAAGUCCAUGCAGUAACUAGAAAUUCUACGCAAAUUGCAGCAGUAAUUUUUUGGUACUAUGUUGUUGAAGAUAAGAAGGGAAAUGGACUUUUCCCACUAUUUAGUGUACCUAAAACUCACAGCAACUGGAACGGACUUCUACGAGCAGCGAUGCUCGUGUCAAUGAGCCUAGUUGUCUACAGGUCCUGAUAACAUUCCAAAUGUUAUUAUAAAAGGCUGCUGCUUGCUCCCUGCCCUCUUCUGCAACACUGAUGUGUAAUAUCAGUGUUGAAGACGGCACUACCCUUGCAAAUGGAAGAUCCAUUAAUUUUGUCACAGUUAGCUGUUUAACUUGAGCAUUCACAUCAAAGUAUCAAACUGAUUUCUCAGACAUUGUGUGUGGUCAUAUAUGCGUGUGUGUGUGAUAUAUAUGAGAGAGAGAGAGAAUUGAAAUACCAUAGAGCCUUCUUGUAUGAAGUCCAGAGUUAUUUUGUUAUUCUGGGACUAGGAGUACUCGGCCGUGAUUCAUUCAGAUAAAUAAACAACGUUGCAUUUUUUUAAGGUGUCGCCCCCAAAGAAUUGUGUUAGAGUGAACACAAAAAACUGUGUUGUGAGAGUUGCACAUUUUAUUAACAACGAAUAAAUAUUGAACAGUUGCAAACAUGUAAAACUCAGCACUCAAAUGUCUUGUACACAUGGUUCUUCUUUCUUGAAAUAUUCAACCUCGCUGACAGCCUGGGGCUGCCAACAUAACAUAAUAUAAGCAAGGAGAUUGAAAAACAUUAUUUUCUAGUGUGAAAUACAAAAGGAAUAUUUAAUGUUAAAAAUAAUUCAUGUGUCUUAAAUUCACCAUGCUUGAGCCUCAAUUAAUACUGAACUUGCUUGAAAAUUAAGAAGAGCUAUCCAUAUGCCUGAAACAAACAAAAAAUAUAUUAACAUAGAUAGAUGAUUUAUAUAGAACAAGAGAUUAAUAACAAAUGUAUGGAAAAAAAGUAAUGCAAAUAAAAUGUCGAUAA